AUGAUUUGUUUUAUUUUCAUUUUGGUCGGUAUUGUUGAAGGCAAUCGAGUACGGGUAUCAACUGGAGUUCUGGAAGGAAAGGUGGAGCGGGUUGGGCCGCAUAAAAUUAAUGUUUUUAAGGUGAGUGAAAGAAGGGUGGAGUAGAGGUUAGAAGAAAAUGGAAAAAACGUUAAUAUAAGUUGAUUAUUAAAACGUAAAAACACAAAAUUAUUUAAAAAUUUUUUUAAAUUUUGAAUUUUGUUACAUUAAUAAUUCUCAUAAUAUAUUUGUGAUCUCUACCUACAAUAACAUCAAAGAUUCACCAAACACAGCACCAAUUAUGAGUAUUGUGUCAAGUUUCAUGACAUGAUUUAGAAACCUGAGCUAAUAUGACUCAUUUUGUAAUCAAAUGCCAUUUUAUGCACACGGUUUACGUAAAACUUACUUCAAUCUAAAAUCUUGUACACUAGGUUAUUUACAGUAGUUUUUUUGGUAAAAUACGGCAACUCGCAAAGUAUAGUUCAUAUAAAUAAAACCUUAUAUAAGAAACUCUACAGAACGUGCCAUUUGCUGAACCACCAUUAAAAGAUCUGCGAUUCCAAAGUCCAUUACCAAAGAAACGAUGGCGUGGUAUUUGGGAUGCUACCGAGUACAGUCCGGCUUGUAUGAGUAAUUCUAGUAGAACAACCUCACCACAAAGCAAUGUUGAUGAAGAUUGUUUGUACUUGAAUAUUUGGGCAGAUGAGAGAUGUAUGGUAAGUUAAAAUUACAGUAUACGGUAGGGUAGGCUAUAGUAAGGUAGGGCAAAGUAAGGUACGGUAAGCUAAGAUAAAGUACGGUAAUGUCCGGUAAUAUAAAGUAAGAUACUGUAAGGUACAAACCAUUAUGUUAAGCUAAGGUAGAAUGAGGUAGGGUAGGGUAGGGUAAGAUAUGAUACGGUAUAGUAUGGUAAAGUAAGCUAAGGACAAAGAAGGACAGGGCUAGGGCCAGCAAAAAGGGGGAGGGGGUUUACGGUUCAACGCCACCUCCCCCCCUCCUGACCCCAGACCUAUAUAUUUACAGAACAGAGCUUGUCCAGUACUUUUCUACAUUCAUGGCGGAGGUUUUUACUACGACAGUGCCAUAAUGUUCAAUGAGACAGAGAUUAUCAACAAAUUCGCAGUAAAUGAGAUUAUAUUUGUCAUACCAGCAUAUAGACUUGGUAUCUUUGGGUUCUUGGAUCUUGGGAUGGAACUACCUCUUACUCCGUAUAAUGUAGGGCUUUAUGGUGAGUAAAAUACAAUGGCUAAAACUGUCCUUUCAUAUACAAUACAUUUUAAAUUGAAAAGCUUUUACUAUAGCUUAACUACCUACGUUACCCUCUUUAGAUAUCUUACUCUCCCUUCGUUGGAUUCAAAAAGAAAUUUCGAACUUUGGCGGUGAUAAGCGUCGUAUAACAUUGGUGGGUAAUAGUGCUGGUGCUUCUACCAUAGCAUAUCUUAUGUCAAGUCCAGUAGUUGAGCCAGGGGCUUUUGCUCAAGCUGUCAUUGACAGUAGUGUACCACUACUACGGCCACACCAAACACAACAGAUGUGUGACACUAUUAGUGGUUAUGUUAGGGUAGGUAUUAGUUUUGAUUAUUUUGAAACCAGUUUUACCAUUGAUUAUGUUAGGGCAUGAUAAAUUUUAAUAUGGUAGCUUAUAUUUUAAUGACGCAACAUUUAAUUACGUAUUUUACAUUCAAAAAGAAAAAUAUUGUGAAGUUUUUAAAUCCUACACUUUACUAUAUCUACCUACAGUGCAAAUCAAAAAGCAUUGAAGAAGAAGUGCAAUGUUUGAAAGAAAUCUCAGCUGAAGAGUUGCUAUUGGCUAGCCGGGACACUGAAGAUGACUUUGGUGAAGUUGGACCUCAAACCGACCGUUUUCUGAUUCCAAAAGAAAACUUUUUCCAAAUGGCUUCGACUUAUUGGCAGGUAAUUUUGUAUCAUCAUGGGAAGAUUUGGGCAGGGUAUUUUGAUUAAUAAGAGGGAAAGAAUAAGAGAUAAAGGAAGAUAACUCUGCCCUUGCUCUACCCUUGUUCUACCCUUGCACUGCCUUUGCUUUGCCCGUGCCUUACCCUUGCGUUACCCUUGCUUUAUUCCUGCAUUACCGUUGUUUUACGCUUGUUCUAACUUACCCUACCAAUCUUAUAUUUAUCUACAAAAACUCAAAUUUUCAGCCAAAACCCCUCCUCAUAAUAACAACGACAGAUGAAAUGAGUUCAGACGCCGACGACGACAUAGAAGGUCUAUGUCAAGCCUACUGCCAUGCUUUCAACUAUCAUACCAGAGAAGCCUACGAUAAAUGUGUUGAAAAAUACAGUGUAGACGUGUACCAUACCAAAAAAGACUUUAUUCACGCUAUGCACACUCAGAUCUCAUUGUUUAACACAAGAGCCGGUGGUACGAGUUAUAGAGGAGUGUUUGCAUUAGAUGGCAGUACACAUCAUGCUAACGACCUGACGUUUCUUAUUGGACUACACCCAAAAGAGAAGAUGAACAGUGAUCAAACGUUGAUGAACAGCUUGUAUCCGGAGAUAUUUCGACGGUUUAUUCGAGGGGAAAAGCCGGCUAAUGGUAGGUUAUGUUAAUAUCGAGUCUAGUUUGCUGAUGGGUAGGGUGGGGAUGGGUUGAUUAAGGUAGGGUAGGGUAAAUAAAAAACGUUUUUAUCUACUUUUUUGUCAAACUUUUUUAGCAAUAAAACUUUAAAUUAGAUAUAUAAUAUUUUAGGCUGGAUCCCGACCGAUUUAGAUGGUAAAAACUACUUUUACUUAACCUUCAACAACAUCACAAAAGCCACUCCAACGCCAGUAAUUGGCAAAAUUUACAAUCAAAAAGCGGUCGAUUUCUGGCUGUCAUAUCUUCGCCUUAUCAAUAAGCAAAAUCUACCUCAAGAAGAGUCAUCGAUCGAGAAUCUGAAUCAGUUUUACGAUUCAAAAGCUCAACUAUCACAUGUUGACAAGAUCUCAAUAUUCUGGACGACAUUAGCUUUGGUCAUUAUCAUUGCUACUGGCGUUCUUAUCUGUACUUCAUUACGGUUAUUCCUCAGGUAUCACUACUUUGCGGACUAUAGAAUAGCUAUGGGUGGGGAGGGUAGGAAACUGCUUAUUAGGAAUGUUAGGAAUUCUUAA